ACGCCCUGCCAAGUUAUAUAAAUAGGUGAAGAGGGGCAGCUGAGACCUCUUGCACUUUCUUGGCGGCGCACAACCAAGUGGCCAGUACUCGCCGAGAGCCAUGGCUCGACACGCGUGUUUGUGUCUCGGUGUGUUGGUGCUCGCCUGCUACGUGAGCAGCGAAACACGAGUUAAGCGACAAGAGGAUGAUCCGAUUGGAGAUGACGUGAACGCCGAGCAGCUAUGUGAGGGCCGACCCGCCGAUGAAUAUUUCCGACUCACCACCGAAGGUGACUGCCGAGAUGUCGUCAGGUGCGACCAAGGCAGCGAGAAUGGUGUGACCAGGCUCGCCUCUGUGCGCUGCCCCGUUGGUCUCGCCUUCGAUAUCGACCGCCAAACCUGUGACUGGAAAACAAAUGUUAAGAAUUGCGAUAAAAUAGAAAAACCAAGAAAAGUUUUACCUAUCCUUAAGACCGAUGAACCAAUAUGUCCGGAAGGGAAAUUGGCCUGCGGAAGCGGAGACUGUAUAGAAAAGGAAUUAUUCUGCAAUGGCAAACCCGACUGUAAGGAUGAAUCUGACGAGAACGCAUGUACUGUUGACGUGGAUCCAAACAGAGCACCAGAUUGCGAUCCCAACCAAUGCACACUCCCCGAUUGUUUCUGCUCUGCUGAUGGUACCCGCAUCCCAGGAGGAAUUGAACCUAACCAAGUACCUCAGAUGAUUACUAUCACCUUUAACGGAGCAGUUAAUGUUGACAAUAUAGAUUUAUACGAACAAAUUUUCAAUGGAAAUCGACAUAAUCCCAAUGGCUGCCAAAUUCGUGGUACUUUUUUCGUUUCUCACAAAUAUACGAAUUACGCAGCUGUACAAGAACUACACCGAAAAGGACAUGAAAUUGCAGUAUUCUCCAUUACACAUAAAGAUGAUCCCCAAUACUGGACAAGUGGAAGUUAUGACGAUUGGUUAGCUGAAAUGGCCGGCGCAAGAUUAAUACUUGAACGUUUUGCUAAUAUAACUGAUGCCUCUAUAAUUGGAGUUCGUGCUCCUUACUUACGUGUAGGUGGAAAUAAACAAUUUGAAAUGAUGGCAGAUCAGUAUUUCGUAUAUGAUGCUUCUAUUACAGCCCCUCUUGGCCGUGUUCCUAUUUGGCCUUACACACUCUAUUUCCGCAUGCCACAUAAAUGUAAUGGUAAUGCUCAUAACUGUCCAUCAAGAAGCCAUCCCGUUUGGGAAAUGGUUAUGAACGAAUUGGAUAGAAGAGAUGAUCCAACAUUUGAUGAAUCUCUGCCUGGUUGUCAUGUGGUUGACUCUUGCUCCAACAUACAAACUGGUGAACAAUUUGCGCGUCUUCUACGCCACAACUUUAACCGACACUACACGACCAACCGUGCUCCUCUUGGUCUCCAUUUCCAUGCCUCUUGGCUUAAAUCCAAGAAGGAGUUUAGAGACGAACUAAUCAAAUUCAUUGAAGAGAUGCUUGAGAAAAAUGAUGUGUAUUUCACUUCUUUAAUUCAAGUAAUCCAAUGGAUGCAAAACCCAACAGAACUGUCAUCUUUAAGAGACUUCCAAGAAUGGAAGCAGGAAAAAUGCGACGUAAAAGGUCAACCUUUCUGCUCUUUACCAAAUGCGUGUCCAUUGACUACUCGGGAGUUACCAGGAGAAACUCUACGCCUGUUUACAUGCAUGGAAUGCCCCAAUAACUAUCCCUGGAUAUUAGAUCCAACUGGAGAGGGUUUUACUGUUAAGAAGUGAUCUCUUAAGUUACGUUAAAAGACUGUGUACACAUGUAAAUAAUACUCAAUAAUGUUAAUAAUAAUUACAUUUUUGUGAUCGUGUGACGAGGUCAACUGGAGUAAAUAUUUUUAACAUUAAUUCCGUAUUCAUCAACGUAUUCAAAGAGCUAUUUUCAGACUUCAUGUAUUAUUUGAACGUUAUUAAAUAUAACGUUCGAUUUGUGAUGUGCCACUAAACUAAUAAUUUUGAUAUGAUUAAUUUCUACCACGAUUUUUACUAUAAAGAAAAAAUAUGGGUAGUCCUUAGUAAAAUUCACAGUGUAGAUUCCUAUCUUAAAGUGAAAGUUGAUACUCUGGGCCUUAAUAUAAUCAUGGGGCUAGUUACUAUAAAAACACAUGCGGCCUUAAACAUUUUAUGUCAUAGAUAAGUAGACUUAAUGUUUCAUUAAGUAAUUAAUUUAAGUUACUAGAAACUUUUGGACAAUAAAACUUAAUUUGAUUAUAAAUAAA